GCGUAACGUAAUUAAAACCCCCAACUAGUGACACAGACUUAUUGCACGCACUUGCACCUCGCUGUCAGCACUCGCCGUUGCACAGCACCACAACCUGGUCGAAGCAACAAGCAAGCACUUGUAGUAUAACAUUUGUCGAGCACUCUCCGAGCCAUGGAAGACCAGAGCUCUGUCGACCCUAACAACAAUAACGGUGUCGAACCAGACGAAGUUCGAACCUUGUUUGUAAGUGGUUUACCGGCCAAUGUUAGAUCCCGAGAGAUCUAUCUGUUAUUCCGUGCUUACAAGGGCUAUGAAGGAUUUCAACUGAAGCUUACAGAUAAACUGGGGAAGCCAUCGCCAGUAGCGUUUGUGACAUUUCUGGAAAGAGAAGAUGCAGAGGAAUGCAAGAGCGAUCUACAGGGCGUCCGUUUUGAUCCUGAAGUCAGUCAAGCUUUGAGAAUCGAAUUUGCCAAGACAAACACAAAAGUCAGCAAGAUGGCAUACAGGAAUGGUGCCGUAAAGAUGGCUUCGCCCACGGAAGCUUUAACGCCACUGGAUCUCACAGGCCUUAGCUUUUUUGCCGCAUCGGAACCAGUAUCAUGGCAUCCUGCUAGAAUUUCAUACGCGGAUAGCCCCACCUCACCGUUACCCUCACCCAUACACUCACCUGUUAUCAAUCACUUUCAACACACUUUACAGCACCACCCACUAUAUCAACCAGUCAACAUGCAAUCUAGCACCUUCUCUUUGCGACCCCCUGCAAUGGUAACCAAUGACAACCCUGUGUGUUCCACUUUGUUUGUGGCUAAUUUAGGACAGUCGUGUACGGAGACGGAAUUACAUAAUUUUUUCGCGAGAACUCUUGGUUUCAAGAGAAUAAAAAUGCUAAACAAAGGGAAUGCUCCGUGCUGCUUUGUAGAGUACCAGGAUGUUUAUCAUGCGUCGGUGGCCAUGAAUAUGUUACAGGGGCAUGCGAUGCCUUCUUCGGAAGGUGUAAGAGGUGGAAUUAGAAUUGAAUAUGCAAGAUCAAGAAUGGGAGAGCGUCGAUAUUCUGUAAAUGGCGAGACAGUGAUCACAAGUCACCCUACCAGUCCCGUGGGACCCAUCAGUAUCUCUAGCUACAGUUGAGUAGCCGUACAUGAAGUCUUAAAGAAUGUUAUAUACGUCCAAUUUUUUAUAAUGUAUAUUUACUUGAGUGACGAGUUAACUUUUAUACUAUUUAUAAAAAAAAAGAUUUUAAAGGGUUUAUGUACAAAUAAUUCAUCGUGAUUUAAAAUUAUACAAAUUGACAUGGUGGGAAUUUUAAACUUAAUUUUAUAUCACGAAAAGCUGUGAUCAUUCUUACGUCAUAAUCAGGCAUUAUAUACUCCAUUUAUAUGAUUGGAAACAUAACUGAACAAUCACGACAAAUUAACGGUAUCAGUAAAGCCAUUCCUGCUUUUGACAUAUGUGAUUUUAUAAGUUUGCUAAAAAGAAGUAUGCCUAUUGGUUCAUACUUGUGAAAUUUGCGAUUGUUGCACAGUAUCAAACUAAAUCACCCACGUCCGACCCGAUAGUCUCAUCUGAAAGUUUGUAGCCAUUGGCAUUAUAAUAAUUAUUACUGUCAUUUCUAUUAAUAUAUUUGUAAAAUGUGAUUAUUACUUGAUCGUCUAAGAUCUUAGAUAAUUUAUUUAUUUAUUUUUAAUGAUGACCAAUUGGUCAAUAUUUGCUUAUUAAAUAAAAUUGAUUGAUCAGAAAUA